UUCUCCGUCCCCGUGGACUGUCCUAAGCCUUGCUCAUGGCGGCUGUCUCUCUAAAGCCAUGGCCUGAGCUCCUGGGCAGAAAAAAAGAGAGAAUGGGAGAGGGUGUUGAUCUGGUCUCUAAUCCACCUUCUCUCACAGCGUAGGAGGGAAGCUGCAGUCCUCAGCAUCACCUCAGAGAGAAGCGACUCUUUGAAUGCGACUGCCUGAACCCUCUGGUGUCCUCAUGACUAAUCCGGGAUGGCGUCUCAAAUGUUGUAGAAAAUGUGGCUCCUAAUAUCACGCGUCAGUCAAACUGUCGUUCUUGGGUGCAGCGUAUUGUUGUUGGAGGUCUCGAGCUUUCAAACGCGCCAAGCGCCUCAGCGGGGGAUUUAUUGUUCAGAGGCUCCAAGUUUCAUCAGUCGGCACGCUGGCCGCAGUACCACUUUAUGUGUGUUCAGAAUCAAAACCAGUGAAAACAGCCUUCAUUGGUCCUAGUUGUUCUACAAUAUGCAGCCAUCCUUUGUUUUCUGCUCCAGCGUAUAUAAUAACACCUCAGUCUGCGGUGUGUAGCUCCUCAAAGCACCUCUCCACCUUGACUAACUUUUCCAAGCGCUCAUUAGCGGACUGGCUGAAGUUUGGAGGGUAUAAAGCGGGCUGGCAGAUUACCCCCCGUAAAGUAGCACACCUCAGUGGCGGGUCGGUGCACGAAGUGCCAAACAACAAAGAAGUGUUUGUUUGCAUAAUAUUAGCACUGCACGCUCGCACACAGUGGCGGGGGCCUGACUGCAGGACUGACUGGAGGCUUCCCGCGAACACAGGUGGAGCAGGGGCUGCAGUAUGGACCAUAUGGGGUGCGUCUCCUAUCACAACCCACCAUCUGGCGUCGAGGGGAGGCUGAGCUGACAAAUGCGUGCAGAAAGUGAGCGAGAAGGUCGGAGGAGCCGAAGGAACGAAGCUCGAUGAUGAUUUCACCGAGAUGGAAAAGAAGAUGGACACCACUGCUCGGGCGGUGAUGGACAUCAUUACCAAGACUACUGAGUAUCUGCAGCCCAACCCAGCCACCAGAGCUAAGAUGAGCAUGAUGAACUCCAUGUCGCGCAUGCGGGGGCAGGAGAAGGGGCCGGGCUACACGCAGACCGAGGCCAUCCUGGGAGAGUCCAUGCAGAGGUUUGGCAGGGAGCUCGGAGAGGAGUCGAACUUCGGCCUUGCUCUGAUUGACGCUGGGGAAGCCAUGCGUGAGCUCGCAGAGGUUAAGGACGCUCUGGACAUGGAGGUCAAGCAGAACUUCAUCGAUCCUCUGCAGAACCUCCAUGAAAAAGAUCUGAAGGAGAUUCAGCACCACCUGAAGAAAAUGGAGGGCCGCCGUCUGGACUUUGAUUACAAGAAGAAGCGUCAGGGCAAAGUGACGGAGGACGAGAUCAAACAGGCGCUAGAGAAGUUUGACGACUCCAAGGAGAUUGCCGAGCAGAGCAUGUUCAACCUGUUGGAGAGCGAUAUUGAACAGGUGAGCCAGCUCGCUGCACUGGUCCACGCUCAGGUGGAGUACCACAGCCGGGCUGCUGAGAUCCUCACACAGCUCUCCAGCAGGAUCGAUGAACGGAUAAGGGACACUUCGAGUAAACCGAGGAAAGAGUUCAUUCCUAAACCACGUACGUCUCUGGACUUCUCCAUCAGUGAGAAUCACAAUGGAGGCAUCCACAGUGCUCGCUCUCCAGGGGCGAGGUCUCCAGCAAGGUCUCCAGCUCCCAUGGACCAGCCCUGCUGUCGCGCUCUCUACGAUUUUGACCCCGAGAACGAAGGCGAGCUAGGCUUCAAGGAGGGCGACAUCAUCACCCUGACCAAUAAGAUCGAUGACAACUGGUACGAGGGGAUGCUGCACGGCAACUCCGGCUUCUUCCCCAUCAACUAUGUGGAUAUCCUGGUGCCGCUGCCCCACUAGGACAUCGCCGCUACCAGCUGUGUCUGCAACAGUGGCGAAACAAAUCCAGGCCUCCAGUCCCUUCCCCCAGUAUUCCCAGUAACCUCUAACCUAAACAUUCCUACCAACCACCUGUACUCCACUUUACAGGAGUCAAAUCAGCAACAACACAAUAACGGGCGAAGAUACGAGCAAAGAUUGAUGAUAAAUUAACGCGAGUAUGCGCAACUGGAGCGUAAAAGCUGUAAAAGAGGAAAAGUCUGCAUUGAUGUCGUUGCUUCCCCUUCUCCCCGGAGGCACCUUCAGGCUUCCAUAGUCGUUUCAACCAUUUCUGUCCCGGCUUUUGUCUCACUUUACGUUGGCUGUCAGUCCGUCACACAAGUUUAUCAGAGCAGCUUUACAACAUCACACUUUCUCUCAUUCACUGUACUUUGUGGAAACCUCUACAGUAGAUAGAAACUUUUCUCUCACAUACUAGAAAAAAAAAUUGGUCCACGUGCGUCAUGUUUGUUAGAGACUCUAGGUCAAGCAUGGUUUCAAGUGUUUAACGUUUUAUCUUAGAGAAAAAAAAAAAAAAAAGUAUGUUGAGCUGGUUUUGUUUGAAAUAUUCCUCUUUUAACGGUAGUCGUCUCUUGGCACGCUCGGGCAGUUUCUGGAGAAACCUCGACCCUGUCGUGCUCAAAAAAAAUCAGUCCAGAUGAUGUCUUCACCUUUUAACUAUCCAGAGUUUGACGUCAGAUUCGUCUAGCUGAUGACUAACAACACAGAUCGCUCAUAAGAUCUUUCUUUUCUUACAUAUCAACAUGUGCGUGUGAUCGGUCGUAUGUGAUUUAGAUACCAAAGUCACCUGCAGAAGCCCGAAUCAGAUCGAAUCAAUAGCUUCAAGAACAAGACAGCAUGAUGUCAGUAGACCUGUCCGAUGCAACGGGGCGAAGCUUGCAGUCUCUGGUUCUUUGGUAUUUUCAUCAGCGGGUGUGAAACUGUAUUCUUAAGUGUGUGACAUUACAUAUCUGAGCCAGUGAUUCGUGGAGUGAUGACAUGAUUUGCAAAAACACAAGUUGUGAAGUUUAAACUGUUUGAAGUGACGUAAGAAAACUAUGGUGCAUACGUUUCAAUCCUCCAACGUGUAUUUUAUCAGCAGCUUGUGUGAAAAAUGGUCGAUGUGUUGUGAUAUAAUAACUUAUAGGACUUAACUGCUCGGUGGGGUGACUCUCGUUCCUGCAGCCGAAGGCGUCGCCGUUUGCUGCAUCCCCACUAGCCCCAUUAGUAUUCUGUAGUUUAGCUGUCUAUAAGCCAUUGAUUAAGAUGAAUAUAGCCAGGAGCGCACAAAUGGCUGAACGGAAUGAGGAGUUAUUUCUUUUUGUCUUGGCGGAAAUGCUUUAUCGAUUGAAAUGAUGCAACUUACACGAAAACCCUUUUCCUCCAACAUGAAGUGGACUAAAAGCAGCUGGUUGACCCCUGACGUGUCACGUUAGACCUGUGCUAGCUUAUAAGACUACACGUUGUGUUUGAUUGUCCCUCACCAGCUCUACGCUUGGAUGCAGUAUUGUGUGGGACUUCUGUCCCUUCUUUAACUGGUAAUCUAGAAGUCAAACCGAGCUCAGUUAUUACGGUCCCUGUUUUAGUCAGCUGAGCGGUUAGAUGCUGUACUGCACUUGUUAUCCCUGCGGUUUUAUUCUCUGCCGUGUCGACGAUGUAUUAACCCUUCUGCAGAAUAAUCUGUGCGGCAGUAAUUCUGUUU